AUGGCGGGAAUACCGGGAUCGGAGAACGGCAAAUAUUCGCGUGGCGACGCAAUGACGGUUCUGGUGCCGCGCGGGUCAUUUGAAAUCAUCGACAACUGGGGCGACAUCAUCGGCAUGCGUGGGUCGGGGUCCAAUUCCGUGCGGAUAACGGAUGUUUUCGUGCCCGACGACAUGGUGUUUUUCCAUACGAUUGGCGCAAUGGUUGACGGUCCCACACCGGGGUCUGUCCUGCACGGCGAUGCGUUCUUUGGCGGGGCGUUUGGCGGUUUUGCCGAAGGCGGGUUGCGGCCGGUGGCGUUGGAAACCGGGGUUUUUGCAGCGCUGGAUGAAUACGAAGAGCUGCUGCGAACCAAGAAAUCCGUCCACAAAGACGGGAUACCGCGCCUUGAUGAUCCCGAGUUCCUGCGCAAAUACGGUAUGGCGCUUGCCUCGUUGCAGGUGGCGCGCGGGGCCGUAUUGAACGGGGCGGAAACCUAUCUGAGCCACUGUGAACUGUCGGUUUCCGGCCAGCAACCGUUUGAUGGCACCAAAUGUGCCGUGAUGGAUGGUGCCUAUCAUGCGUGCGAAAAUAUCGUUUUCGAUGUGAUCGACAGUUUGGCCCGCGCGGCAUCCUCUACCGCGUUUCGUCAAGGGCAGCGGAUGCAACGCUAUUACCGGGACAUUCUGACCUUAACCAGCCGCGCGGAUUUCUUUGAAUUUCGUGCUGCCGAUGUUGCCCGAACGAUCUUGGCGCAGAAUGCCGCGUCUUCUGAAUGCGCCGUGUGA